UAGAUGCGGAACAGGGAGAAGGAUAGUGUAGCGGGCGAACACAAUCUGAGGGGGCGGUCUACUACUGCCCUUCACGGUCAUUUCAGUACUGUGUCAUACAACCGUAUUUCGUAUUCAUUCAUCGGUUGAAUCGGAAUAUAAGUAUAAACUGAGAAGAUGGCACAGUCAGACACUAAGAAGAUAUUCUUUGAGAACCUCUCUGGAGCGGGGAAAGCAAUCGCCGUUCUGACUAGCGGAGGGGAUGCUCAAGGGAUGAAUGCUGCUGUGCGUGCUGUGGUCCGAAUGGGAUUGUAUGUGGGAGCAAAGGUUUAUUUCAUUCGUGAGGGGUAUCAGGGUAUGGUGGAUGGUGGAGAGAACAUAACAGAAGCUACAUGGGAAAGUGUGUCCAGCAUGCUUCAAGUGGGUGGGACAGUUAUUGGCAGUGCUCGGUGUAAAGACUUUCGCACACAUGAAGGUCGCCUGAAGGCUGCUCUCAACUUGGUGAAACUUGGUAUCACCAACCUUUGCGUGAUUGGCGGCGAUGGCAGCCUGACGGGUGCGAACCUCUUCAGGGAAGAAUGGAGUGGAUUGCUGACUGAACUGGUAGAGCAAGGUUCUAUUGAGCAACAGUCUGUUCAAACUUACUCCGCCCUUCACAUUGUCGGAAUGGUGGGCUCCAUCGAUAACGACUUCUGUGGAACUGACAUGACAAUAGGCACAGAUUCUGCUUUACAUCGAAUUAUUGAGGUGGUGGAUGCAAUCAUGACAACCGCACAGAGUCACCAGAGAACAUUUGUUUUAGAAGUAAUGGGCAGACACUGCGGAUACCUGGCUUUGGUCAGUGCUCUGGCUUGUGGGGCAGACUGGGUUUUAAUCCCUGAGAUGCCUCCAGAGGAUGGCUGGGAAGAGAAGAUGUGUCAAAAACUGUCUGCGAACCGAGCAGGGAUGAAAAGGCUGAAUAUCAUAAUAGUAGCUGAAGGGGCGAUUGACCAUAACAACAAGCCAAUUACCACUGACUAUAUUAAGGAUCUUGUUGUCAAAUGUUUGGGUUUUGACACGCGAGUGACAAUCCUGGGUCACGUACAGCGAGGAGGGACUCCAUCUGCGUUUGACCGUAUCUUGGCAAGUCGAAUGGGUGUGGAGGCGGUUCUUGCCCUGCUGGAGACGACAGCCAACACGCCAGCAUGUGUGGUCUCUCUUUGUGGUAACCAGUCAGUGCGGUUGCCUCUGAUGGAAUGUGUCGAAAUGACUCAAAAAGUGCAGAAGGCAAUGGAUGAAAAAAAAUUUGAGGAAGCCGUCAAGCUCCGGGGGAGGAGUUUCGAGAAUAACCUGAAGACCUACAAACUGCUUGCUCAUCGUAAACCAGAGUCUGAACUGCCAACUAGCAAUUUCAAUGUGGCAGUGCUGAACGUGGGCGCACCUGCAGCAGGCAUGAACGCGGCCGUCCGGUCAGCUGUCAGGGUGGGCAUCUCCGAAGGACACAAGAUGUUUGCUGUCAGCGAUGGAUUUGAGGGGUUCUACAAAGGUCAGAUUAAGGAGAUUAAAUGGGCUGAUGUUGGAGGAUGGACAGGUCAGGGAGGAUCUCUUUUGGGAACUAAAAGAACGCUCCCCGCAAAGCAUGUUGAAAAAAUUGCUGAGCAGAUGCGAGCUCACAACAUAAAUGCACUGCUGGUAAUUGGUGGAUUUGAGGCCUUCCUGUCGCUGCUGGAGUUGUUAACGGCACGCGGGAAGUAUGACGAGUUCUGUGUGCCCAUGAUCAUGGUCCCGGCCACAGUCUCCAACAAUAUACCGGGCUCAGACCUCAGCAUUGGAGCUGACACAGCUCUGAAUGCCAUUACGACUGCGCUUGAGUGUCUACUGCAGCUGUAUGAAGCACGCGGUAUCUAUGAGGAGUUUUGCAUCCCGAUGUGUAUGCUGCCUGCCACCAUAAGUAACAAUGUACCGGGUACUGAUCUAAGUAUCGGUGCAGACACGGCCCUCAAUGCCAUCGUGGAGACUUGCGACCGCAUCAAGCAGUCAGCUAGUGGGACAAAAAGACGUGUGUUCAUCAUUGAGACCAUGGGAGGUUACUGUGGCUAUCUUGCCACCGUAGCAGGCCUGGCUGCCGGGGCCGAUGCUGCGUACAUCUACGAGGAGCCCUUUGACAUCAGAGAUCUACAAGCCAAUGUCGAGCACUUGACAGAGAAAAUGAAGACAAGUAUUCAAAGAGGCCUAGUUCUGAGAAAUGAGAACUCAAAUGAAAACUACACCACAGACUUCAUUUACCAGCUAUACAGUGAAGAAGGCAAAGGUGUGUUUGACUGCAGGAAAAAUGUACUGGGACAUAUGCAGCAGGGAGGAGCUCCUUCUCCGUUUGACCGAAAUUUUGGGACCAAGAUCUCUGCCAAGGCAAUGCAGUGGGUCACCAAAAAGCUGGUGGAGACAUUCAGACAAGGUAGAGUGUUUGCCAACACUGAGGACAGUUGCUGCUUGCUAGGAAUGCGCCGGAGGGCUCUUAUCUUCCAGCCAGUUGUACAACUUAAGGGGGAGACUGACUUUGUUCACAGGAUCCCUAAGGAGCAGUGGUGGUUGAAGCUUCGUCCCCUGAUGAAGAUCCUAGCCAAGUACAAGACAAGCUACGAUGUCUCGGACUCAGGACAGCUGGAGCAUGUCGUGCACAACCGGCCCAAAGAUUCAGAUGCAUCUGUGGCCAUGUGAAGAUGUCUGGAGCUCCAUCAGUGAUCCAAGUCCAAGCCUGUGUGUUAACUGAGGUGUGAACUCCACAUGUUGUCUCAAUUCCAGUAACAACUUUACCUUCAAGACAUCCCGAUGUGGACAUAGUCAUUGACCUUUAAUUUAACCUCAGAAGUGUUCCUAGUAACAGACACACAUUUACUGUACUCAUCACACCCGCUGCGGCUUUUCCAACACAAACAUGUUCUGGAUGUUUAUUGAUGUCAUGUUUGUCUUUAAAUUUUGCACUUUCCCUGUCUCCAAUUGCGUGGACAGGCUCUGAGGCCAGAGCUGCACAAGGGCACAGUUCCUUACACUUCUCACAUAAAAGUUUGGGAUAUUAGGCUUUGUGAUGGACAUUUCAGAAUGAAACUAAAAUGUCUUUAAAGGCAAUUUAACCUUUUGGAAAGUUUUAAAAGCCAAAUGUCCAAUUGUUCUACAUUUCAGUUUUGCACAAUUUGCUAUCGUGUCCCAAGCCUGAAAAUUGAAUGAUGGCCCUGGAAAUUUCCAAGGGUGCUAAGGUCUAUUCCUUCCUCUAAACUCUACCACACUCUUAUUCUGCAGAUGGCACUUUAAACUCAAUGGCCAUUCUUCAAACCCUCCCAUUGGUGAGGUAUUGAUGACUGGUUGGGUUCAUCCUAAGAUCAUUAGGUCAAAAGAUGAGCAGCAAAAUGAAGAGUGUGUUAAAAUACCAAUUCUAAUGGUUAUUGUUGGUCCAUUCAUGUUCAUUCUUGUGAAUUUAGUCAUCUACAUAGUUACAAAAGUAGCCCAGAGGUCAGUGUGUCAUCAGCAGGUUACAACGGUAACAGACUGUGUUACAGGAAGGUAUGUCUACAUCUUAAACUUUUGUUUUGCGAAAGUACUACAGGUUUUGCAAAAAGUAUUUGAAACAUUUCAAUAUCUGAACAAAAGCUCAAUAUCACAAACCUUUUGUGAGUAAUGUACAGUAGUGUGAGGCUCAGCAUGCAUGUGAGAUGCAACAUUGCAAGCAAAGAGGACUGUGUGCCAGGCUUUACACUGAAACCUAAUAUUUAUCUUUUGAACAUAGUUUAUUUUGUGUGUUGACAUGGGUAUCACGUUAUCAUGUACUGUAGACUCUGCUGUAGCUGUCUGACACAAUGCACAAACAUGUUAGAUGUGAAUAAGAAUAAAAUCAAGUUGACAUGUGCACCCUA